GUUCGUCUAUAGGUAUAUAGUUGUAACACACAGCACAGCCGUACAUGUACCGUACAUAGCAGCCUGGCCGCCGAGAUCUUCGACACCCUGUUUACAUUCCAGCGUUUUCUUUAUCACUAGAUUCAUAAGAAUACUUGGGAAAAUGGCGGAUGGGUCGAUUCCGAUUUUACUUAGAAGAUUUGAUACAAGUCAGCCAUGGGGAUUCAAGAUGCAAGGAGGUGUAGACACAGGUUGUCCAAUCCACGUGGCGCAGGUGAAUCCCAAAAGCAUAUCUGGUCAGGCUGGGCUACAGAACGGUGACCUUAUUAUUUCUAUAGGAAAGAUGGACAUCACUGGGUCGACCCAUCAAAAUGCUCGUGACGAAAUGAUCCGCAGCGGAAAUGACAUCGAUCUCACCGUACGGAGGGGAGGCGUGGCGGUGAAACCUCAACCUCCACCGGAACCGGAAGAGGAGGACGGAGGAGCCUUCCGUGAUGUACAACCAAAGACAUAUCAAAUCCUUGAGAAGGAAUUGCCCCAAGCGGCCGCAACAGGCGCUAGACCAGCAUCCAUCUUUGAUAGGAAGAAGCAGCAAAGGUCCGAAUACACCAAAACUGAUAAAUCGGGAUACAUGAAGGCAUAUGGACAACAGUGAAAUGGAGUUAUUUCCCCUGGUAACAAGGCGAACUCUUUAGAAAUAGCCGGACGCCGUUGUUGAUGGAAUUAUAAAGAGAAGACGACGAUUCCGUCGACUGAGUGUGACAAAAUGUCACUCUUAUAACAUCGAAGCGUCGUCGAUAGCUGGUCUUAAUAUAAAGAUGUAAAUUCGUUGAAUACACUAAUAUCAAUGCCAGCUUGAGGAUGAAAACAAGGAUUCCUGAAUCAAAUACUCGGAAUGUAUUGUUAUGCAGUUUAUUUAUUAUCGGAGACAGUUGUUUGUGGCAUAUAACAUAAAUGUUAUUCCGUGUAUUGUGGCAAGUCCUGGACAAUGUAAUUAUCGUUUUAUUCUGGUGCUAUAUGACGUUCGUUAUGUUGAAGUUAUUAUAUGUACAUUGCCAAACAAGAGGUAAAUCGGAGUAAACUUUUCCAGAAUCUUCAUUGGUUUAAAGGGAACAUCUGACAUAUCGCGUAAUGGUGCUAAGUACAACAAUAAGUAAGAAGAUAAACAUCUGAACGACUGAUUCUUACUUAUAUUUAUAUUAUGGUUUUGAUAUAGAUCAUUCUAAUCAAGCAGGGUUUUUUCCUGUUUUCAAAUUUUAAAGAACAAAUCACCAAACAUAAACUAUAUUCGCUUGUUCUGAAUUUAGCAACAUACUACCAACAAAAACAUCUCGGUAUCUUUUUAAUAACACUAAUCAUCAACUUCAGUAAGAGGCUGUAGUUGUACACACUCGUUUAAAUGUGUUGUGAUAUCCAUGUCUAUAUAUGUAUGCUUAUAUAUUUCUACGCAAAGUUUAUUUAUUUGUCAAUAAAAUGAUACAAGUUUGUUUGA